CCUGGGCACAGGACAAAGCCGAGGUGCUCCAAUCCGUUACCAUGGCGUUCUCUCAUCCAGGCCAUUCAUGGCUUCCGGGAAACAGAGAUAGCCCAGUGGAGCGAGGAGAGCCGGGAAAUCUUGCAGCGGGUCCGGGAUGAGGCCUUCCCGCCAGGGAUGUCGCAGCUCUCGCUGGUCCACGUCCUCGACCUGGAUAAAAGCGGCUACAUCAAACCUCACAUAGACAGCGUCAAGUUUUGUGGCUGCACAAUUGCGGGGCUGUCCUUGCUGUCCUCCAGUGUGAUGCGGCUGGUCAGCGAGCAGAACCCAGAGGACUGGAUGGACCUGUUGCUGCCGCGCCGCUCGCUGUACAUCCUCAGAGGCCCGGCUCGCUAUGAGUUCACCCACGAGAUCCUCAAAGACGAGGAGUCCUUUUUUGACGGGCAGAAGAUCCCCCGAGAGAGGAGGAUUUCCGUCAUCUGCAGGAACCUGCCUAUCCUGCCAGCUCCUACGUAGGCCAGGCUAGAGACACUAGUGGAGCUGUGGGAUUGGAAACAGCCUUCCUCCCCUCUCCAGGCUGGGGCAGAGCUGAAUGUUUUCAUUUGAUUUGGUUGAUGCUUUUGCUCCAGCCUGCUCAAAGGGACCUGUCUGUGGAGGUUUGUAGCCAAGACUAAACCAAGGGACUUCUCCCCUCAUCACACAGCCAUGGAGGGAUCUGCGGACGUGUGUACCCUCGACAACCACCCAGGUGCGUACUGUGUAAUCAGCAGUGCAAUUAAUUAAUGAAUGACUUAAUGCGCUGUAUUGACUACCCACAGGGCAAGGGAAGCUGCAUAGUCCAUGUUAAACCCAACAAGUAAAAUCUAAAAUGGAAAUAUCUCCCCGUGAUCUUCGUUACGGGGCCUGCGGUGACUUUAACCACAGCAGGUAAAUAGAAUUCAGAAGUGUGCUGUUUUUGUUUGUUUUUAAAGGGAACCGCUGGUGAAUUUUGGCGAAUUUCCCUCAUUAAAAAUAAUUUAUUUGAACGCG